AUGACAAUUUUAAAAGGGAAUCCAAUAAAUGAAAAAAUAAUAAACAAUCAAUAUAAAAUAAAAAAUUUAAUUAGUGAAGAACAAGAAGAAAAUUAUUCAAAUUAUAAUAUAAAUAAUAUUAAAAAUAAUGAUAACGAUAAUAAUAAUAUAAUAAAUACAACACCAAUUAUAAAAACUAGAUGUAAAAUUUGUUGGAUUAAAUAUGUAAAUAAUGAAUUAAUAAAAAUGGGUGAAUGUAAUCAUCAAAUGUGUAAACAUUGUUCAAUUAAAACAUUUGAAAUGGAUAUUGAAAGAAAUAAAAAAAUUGAAUGUAUAUGGUGUGGCAAUAAAAUUGAUGAACCUUUAAUUUCUGAUUUAUUGGGUAUAGAUUAUAAAUUAUACUUGGAAAAUAAAAAGAAUGGUAAUAAUAAUCCUAAUAAUAAUAAUAACAAUAAUAAUAAUAAUAAUAAUAAUAAUAAUAAUAAUAAUAAUAAUAAUAAUAAUAAUAUAUUUUAUAGUUUUUUAUCAAAUAAUGGUAAAUCAUCAAAUUUAAUUAAUAUUUAUUGGGAAUGUCCAUCAUGUCAAGAUAAAACAUUAAUUUUAAAUCAAAAUGAAGAAAAAAAAGUUUUAUGCAAAACUUGUAACUAUAUUUUUUGUUUCUCUUGUAAUGAAUCUCAUAAUAACAAUCAAACAUGUGAAGAAUAUUUAAAAAAGGAUGAAUCAAGUUUAAAAACUUUUAUUUGGAAACAAUCAAAUACAAAAAGAUGUCCAAAUUGUUUUGUAUUUAUUGAAAAAAGAGGUGGCUGUUCAUUUAUGAGAUGUGCAAAAUGUAAAUAUGAAUUUUGUUUUGAAUGUUUAUCUAAAAAAUUCCAUCAAUGUGAUAAUAGCGAAAUGAUAUUUAAGGUAAUUUUUAUGAUCUGUGCUUUGAUUGGUUCAAUAUAUAUUGUAUAUUUAUUAAAAAAAGUUAACACUUAA